AGGCAACCUGCAAAAACGCUGUGGUACGACCGCCCCUGGUACGUCUUCCUGGAGUUCUGCGUGGAGGACAGCACAGACGUUAAAGUCGACAUUGAAGACCACCUGGUGGUGUUCAGCUGUAAAAAUGCAGACGGCGUGGAGAUGUACAACGAGAUCAACCUGUACGCCAGGGUGAACUCCAAAGACUCGCAGCAGAAGCGCUCUGACCGCUCCAUCACCUGCUUCAUAAGGAAGUGGAAGGAGAAGGUGGCAUGGCCGCGCCUCACCAAGGAGAACAUCAAGCCAGUCUGGCUGUUUGUGGACUUUGAUAACUGGCGAGACUGGGAAGGGGAUGAGGAGGCAGAAAUGGCCAUGACUGAGCAGUAUGCAGAGCUCCUGCAGAAGGUCACUGUUAAAGGAACACCCCCUGCAAUGGACGACCUUGAUGAUGACAUUUGAAAGCACAGACCCUGGUGAGACAUGACAGCAGCUGCUGAGAUGAAGCGAGUUGGGGAGGGAGGUAGCAGUGUAAGUGCCACUGUGGUUCAAAUGCGCCAGGGAUUCGCCUGCUUCAGACUUUGGCUCCGAAUUCCACAAUCACGGACCCGAGAGCUGGAAAAGCCCUGCUGGUCCCGUUUUGCCCGCCCUUGAAGUCAGACCCAGCGUGGGACUGUUUCCUGUUGCAUCGGGCAGUCUAGUUUCAAACAUGCCAAGUCCUGGAACUGCCGCCACUUCCAUUAGGAGACGAUUCCACAGCCAGACACCGGGUUCCUGUGUCUCAUUUCACCCCGUUAUUGCCACUUAUACUGCCACGAACCAGCCCGAGUCACUUCUCUCCUCCCCUGGCACCGCCUCUGGCUCUGUGCUGAUGGUACUCAGCCACGCUGCCCAGAUUUAGCCAUCUUCCCUGCUCGGCACCUGCCGCCUGUUCCUCUUGCUGCCGAGACCCUUCUCCCCUCGUCCGUCUCUCCCCGGCGUUGGGGGGACCGGGGGG